CGCAGUCACACUACCUGUAGUUUGUUAAAUUUAUUGUUUAAAUUGUAUAUAUUAUUUAUGAAAUAUGUUUAAGUUAGCUUUUAAGCAGUACAAGGCGAAAAGUGGCAGUCCCGAUCUAACGGGCGUGAUCAAUGUGGAUGAUCACGAUCUGCGAAACGAUAAUAUCGUUCAACGGUUGGAUAUCAGCGAUGGAAGAGUUAUUCAGACCAUGCCCGGCGUUAAGUCACCCAGUGAUUGGCGAUCCUACGCACUUACUCAUCAUCCCGGCAUUAUCAUUAUCCGGAACCCCUUUACUGAGCGCGGUCGGCGCUACUGGAUUGCGCGAUGUCUACGCGACUAUCCGCGGACCCCGAACAUCGUUAAUUUAAAUGAAAGACUCUUCGAUGAUUCAGUCAGAUCGGACUGGUGGAAACAGCUUAGUCUGUGCCGCGACAGGGCGGAAUUCCAGCGAAUGAAAUCAGCGAUGCGCUGGACGACAUUCGGAUAUCACCACAACUGGGACACGAAGCACUACGAGGAGCGGAUGCAGUCACAGUUUCCAGAGGACUUGGGCAGUCUGUGCCGGUUGUUCGCGUCCACCUUGGGCUACUGUGACUUUAAGCCGGAAGCCGCUAUCGUGAACUACUAUCCAGUGGGCAGUACUUUGUCGGGCCACACGGAUCACUCUGAGCCCAAUCAAACGGCCCCGCUAUUCUCGUUUAGCUUUGGUCAGACCGCAAUUUUUCUGAUCGGUGGAAGGACUUUGGAGGAAAAACCAACCGCAGUCUACCUUCAGUGUGGGGACGUUAUGAUAAUGUCCGGAGAGUCACGGUUAUGCUAUCACGCAGUUCCCCGAAUUAUGAAGACCCGGAGACCUGGGAAUUCUCCGCUGACAAAUGAAGAUGCCGAUGAUGCUGAUCAUGACACCCAUCUUGUGGAUAUGGGUUUGUUUCAAAAUGUAGGGGAUGCCAGUUUUUGGGAACCUUUUUCGAAUUAUAUUGACGAUUCGCGUAUUAAUAUUAAUGUACGACAAGUGUUGAACAUAGGAGAUUUAAAAUUGGGCCCUUAAUUGUUAUUUGGUUUGUAAAAUAGGAGUUUGAAAUUUG